AUGGUGGCCACCAGGAGAGGAGUACGCGUGAGCUCUCCAAAUAGAGUCAACGAUGAGUCUUCUGGCAACGUGGAGGCCACCCCUGCCACCAGAAGAAGUCGGAGAAAAGCAGUGCGGGAGGAGCCUCAGACCCAGUCUGAGGUGACCAGUGACUCGCAACAUGAUGAAGGGGAGGAGGGGGUUGUCUCUUCCUCCCCCGUGGAAAAAAGCUCCACUGUGAAGAGGAAGCCGAGGCCGUCGAAGCGGCAGACGCGCAGCGAAGCCCAGCCGGACUCCACACACGAAGCAGACGUUUCCGAGUCAGAGUCCUGCUGCUCCACGGUGUCCGAUCUGCAGGCCGCACACGAUGUGCGCGUGACCCGCAGCGGGAGACGGCGUACCUCCGCCCAGCAGAAGCCUGCCUCCAGGAGAGAGGAGGAUGUGCCCUCAGAGGCAGAGUCUGCCUGCUCCUCUGCGUCCAACAGACGAGGAUCAAACACUCGUAGAACCACCAGGAGUCAGCAGAGGAGCGUGCCGGCCGAAGAUCAACCUCCCAAACAGCAAAACGCUGACAAUGAGCGCUCUGAGGUGGAGUCCUGCAGUUCUGUCGUUUCUGGAGGUAGAGCAGUGGGCACACAGAGGCUGACCAGGAGCCAGAAAAGGAAUGCUCUCUCUAGGGCCUCCUCCAAAUCGCGCACGGAGGACACCGAAAUCUCUGAGGCAGACUCCUGCUCCUCCAGUGUCUCUGGCCUGCGGGACUCCACUGUCCGUAGAACAACACGAGGCAGGAGAGGGAGGGCUGUGGAGCCUAUUCCCAUGCACAUAGAGGAGAGUGAAGACAACUCUCCCCUGCCCAGCAAGCAAACACGAGGCAGAAGAACUACACAAAAGGCUGCUAGUGAGCCCCAGUCCCAUGACUCCGAAGGGUUUGAAUCUGGGCCAAGCAUGACUCCGAGGAGAGUCACACGUUUCAGACAAGGUACAAUUCUUGUUCUGUCUGACUCGGAUUCUGAGAUGACAGAUGUGUACAGCCCUCUCGGAAGCCCGAGUUCCUUAAGAGGUAAGGGCACCCCCUGUAGUAGCCGUACGGGGUCAGGAAGUAGCGUCCGGGCACUUUCGCUCUCACAGGCCACAGCGAAGGCUCUGAAUGUCCUACAGGAACAGGAGGCCAGUGUCUCUCCAUCCCGCUUGGGUCCACUUCCCUCUGAUGAACAGAAAGUAAGUCCCCCAGAUGUCACAUGCCAGUCUGCAAAGGUAAUUGUAACUGAGCCAGUAGAGGCUGAAGAAAACAAAGUGAUAGAGCACAAAGAUGCACAUUUAAGUCCAGAGUGUCCCCUAAUAGAAGAGGUGAGUGAGGAAGAGAAAACGCUGAUUGCUGAUGAGAGUGGUGUGACUUCUAAUGUAACAGUGGAAGAGGAUGCUGAGCCCCAGAUCAUACAGGAAGCAUCACCUUCUCCAGGCAAGACUGUAACGGUGACACUGUGUCCAAGUGCUGUGGUUGAGGAGGAGGCCAAAGCCAUGGAUGUAGAUCUAUCUCUGGAUCAAGAUGCACCAACAGAAGAGAGCCAGGAGACUAUGACACUGGCCAGCAAGGAGGACACAAGCGCCCCUUUGAAGGUCGAAGAGAAUAUUGAGCAGGACGAAGAACUCCAUGGGGCAGAGGAGGAAGAAGUUGGUCCUAGUGAAACCAUUAAGGUUAUGGUGUCUGAUGCUGCUGGGACUGAGGAGAAGGUGGUGGAAGAAGAAAUUACCAUGGACGUGGUCUCCACUGUGGCCACAGAGUGUCAGAGGUCAGAGGGAGGGAGUGAGAAGGAUGAGACUGUGACUGUAGAGGUUGAAGGUGCUAGCCCAAGUGUGCCAGAGAACACUGAGCAGCACACAAGACCACACGAACAAAGACCAGAUGGCUGCAGUCUGUUGGAGAGCAGUGAUGAGGAAGGCGACACCAGCAAUGGCGGGCAUUCAGAAGAGGAGGAGGGGGAUGAGCUCAGUGGUGAAGGGUCUGAUUCUGAGGACGAAAUAAUACGUACAGAUGAGAACCAGGCAGGUCCAUCAAAACCCAAGGCAAAGUCAUGGUCAGCAAUGAAUGAUGGCCUGUUUGUCAUAGACACUAAGCCUGGCUUACAGUCAGAUCAAAAGUACUAUAUAGAUGGUGAGCAAAAGAGUGAGGACAAGGAAACAGACAGAGAGGAAUACAGUGAUAAAGAGGAAGAGGAGGAUGAAGACUUUGUUGAUGAAGAGGGAGAUGAGGAUGAUGACAGUGCAGAAGAUGCAAUCCUCUUCAAAAGCAGAAAGCCAGCUCUGAUAUCAUUGUCCAGCAGUAUUGAUCCAGGACUGAAAGUGAAGGAUGUUGGGGGAUUAUACAUUGAUGUUGAUGGCAGCAAAUCAAAGACUGUCUCCAAUGCCCUGAAAAAACUGAGGGACCAGAAGAACCAAGAUGAGCUGUUGAAGAAGAGUGUAAUUGGUCCAGACUUUGAGAAGAAAGACUCUGUGCCUCCCUACAAGGAGUCCAAGCAGGCAAAGAAACUAAAGCGUAAAGAGGAGAGGGAGAAGACAUCAGGGGAUGGCUGGUUUAACAUGAAGGCUCCUGAAUUGACAGAGGAAUUGAAAAAUGACCUUAAAGUGCUUAAAAUGAGGGCAGCGAUGGAUCCCAAACGGUUUUACAAGAAGAAUGACCGAGAUGGGUUCCCCAAGUACUUCCAGGUUGGCACAGUUGUGGACAGUCCUGUGGACUUCUACCAUUCCCGGAUCCCAAAGAAACAGAGGAAGAGAACCAUGGUGGAGGAGUUGCUUGCAGAUGCAGAGUUUAGAAGUCAAAACAAGAAGAAAUACAAGCAAAUCAUGACAGAAAAAGCAGCUCUUGCAGCUGGCCGGAAGAACCGGAAGAAGAAUAAAUUCCAAAAGAAGCAGGCAGUUUAACCUAAAGUUGCCAUCUUGAGGGGGCGGAGCAUUUCACAGAAUAAAAAUAAUUGUCUGGCUGUAAUUUUUUUACUGUCCAAAUGAAGUGAAUUUCCAGAAGUGUUUAAAGAAAAUGUAUUAAACUGUGUAUGAAUACAUGUAUCAUUAGUAAUGGUCGAAGACAUACAUAAUUGGACUCAUGACAUAACUGAAUUAUGCCAUAAAUAUAAUUUUGAAUGCGUGCCUUGUUUUUAAGAUCCAUCACUACCGACUGCUGGAUAUAAAUACAUUUUAAAGUAUAUUUUUUGCAAUAGGAACGUCUUGCAGCUCAGUCGUACUGAUUUUUAAAAGACUUGGAAGACCUUUUAAAGACUGGUUUGAAAAACUUUGGAAACCGUAUUUUAACAGAACACGCCUGGUACAAAUAUUUUGUUAGAUCACACACACAGAAACAG